ACAGACACACUUCACACUCAUAAAGAUUAUAUAUAUAAAUUAACCAACCAAAAUUAGGGUUUUAAACUUUCUUUUGUGUUCUUGGUGUAGUAAAGCUGAAGAUCAGAUCCAGCCACAAAUCCAAAUAUCAUGAGUAGAGGUGGAAGCUAUGGUGGUGGAAGAAGUUCCUUAGGUUAUCUUUUUGGUAAGGAUGAUCAACCUAGAAAGCCUCAAGUCUCCAAAGUUGUUCUUCCUCCUCCUUAUGGUAUUGAUCUUAACCCUGAUGAUCAUAAUAACAAUCCUUCUCCCUCUCCAAAACAACUUGUUUCCAACAAUAAUUAUCCUCGAGCUCACGGCCAAAACUCCGGCAACUUCAUAACGGAUCGUCCAUCAACCAAGGUGAAAUCUGCUCCGGGUGGCGAUUCGUCGUUAGGGUAUCUGUUUGGUGAUAUCACCAAACAGUGAAAUAUAUGAAUGAGUAUGUCUUUUGAUUUACUCUCUCUAGCUGACUAUAUAUGAAAAAAAAUCUAAAGGGGUAUGGUUUAGUAUGAGUGGUUCUUUUACUAAAUAAAUGUGUGCAAUUAUUAUGUUUAGUAUUUGAAAGGAAACAUAUGUAGCUUGAAUUUGUGUAGCCUAUGCCUAUAUAUUUGUGUGUAUGUAUAUAUAGUUUGGCGUAGUUUGUACUUGUGUUUAUAUAGUGAUCUAUUUGUUAAACAAAUCUGAUGAUUCAGAUAUCUAUGUAUUGAAAAAUAGCAUCAUGAUGAUUGUAGUUCUUUAUUGUGUCAAUUUCUCAAAAAAUGUGAGGACCAUAUACACCUGAAAUUGCUCUUUGUUAUUUAAUUUGGGUGUUUUAAUUCA